CUCGUCAAAUGGGUGCCCUUUCCAACAUUCGAAGAAAGAAAACUCAGUUUGUUCCCCACUGUGCCACCGGUGGUCGCUGUCCCGGCGAAGAAACCGUCGUAAGCGGCGGCGGAUCACAUCAUAUGGUCGAAGAAUACAAAACUCAGGCUCAUGCGUAGCCAGAAUCUUCCCUUGAACCCAUUAAACCAGCUUGGAACAACACACUGAAACAACUCAUCACUGGGACCUUUUCAUUUAGCACACAUACUGUUUGUGAAAAUGCCGAGGAGCAUUCAGCAUGUUCUUCUUUUUUCACACACAGAGUAGUCCAACAUUGAAGUCCCAUUUGUAGUUUCAAGUGUGUGGGCAUGCUUCAGCGUGAUAUCAAGACAUGGGGUUCCAUCAUCAGGAGCUUAUGUAUAGAUGCCAGGCACGGCGAAGCGUUGUCUCUCUUCCAUCAUUGCUUAAAGGGAAAUGCAGCUUUUAAACCAGAUCACCUUGUCAUUGCUGCCACUCUCAAGUCUUGUUCUGCGCUUUUGGCUGCAAACUUGGGCAGAACUCUGCAUAGUUAUGUUGUUAAACAGGGCCAUGUUUCUUGCCAGGUUACCAAUAAAGCAUUGCUUAACAUGUAUGCCAAAUGCGGCAUGCUUGGUGAUUGUCAACGGCUGUUUGAUCAGCUCGGCCACUGUGAUCCUGUAGUUUGGAAUAUUGUUCUGUCUGGGUUUUCGGGGUCCAAUAACCGUGAUGCGGAUGUGAUGAGGGUGUUUAGGGAAAUGCAUUCCAGUGGGGUGGUCAUGCCCAGUUCUAUUAGUGUGGCUACUAUUCUUCCUGUUUGUGCUCGUUCGGGGAAUAUGAAUGCUGGAAAGAGUGUGCACUCUUAUGUGAUCAAAUCUGGUUUUGAAGGGGAUACCCUUGCUGGAAAUGCUCUUUUGUCGAUGUAUGCAAAGUGUGGGCUGGUGUCUCGGGAUGCAUAUGCUGUCUUUGAUGACAUUAUUGACAAAGAUGUUGUUUCGUGGAAUGCGAUGAUCGCAGGCCUUGCUGAGAAUGGUUUGUUAGAAGAUGCAUUUUCAUUGUUCAGCUUGAUGGUGAAAGGAUCUACACGACCAAAUUAUGCAACUAUUGCAAAUAUUCUGCCUGUUUGUGCCUCAUUUGAUGAGAACGUUGCCUACAAUUUCGGAAGGCAAAUCCACUCUUGUGUGUUGCAGUGGCCUGAAUUGUCAGCUAAUGUUUCUGUUUGUAAUGCUUUGGUUAGCUUCUACUUAAAACUUGGACGGGUGAAAGAAGCAGAGUCUUUGUUUUGGGGAAUGGAUGCAAGGGAUUCGAUCUCUUGGAAUGCUAUUAUAGCGGGAUACACAUCAAAUGGUAAAUGGUUAAAGGCAUUGCAUCUGUUUGGUAAUUUAGUAUCUCUAGAGACUCUAUUGCCUGAUUCUGUGACCGUGAUCAGUAUACUUCCAGCUUGCGCACAAUUGGAAAACUUGCAGGCAGGAAAACAAAUCCAUGCAUAUGUCAUCAGAAAUUCUUUCCUUUUUGAAGAUUCUUCUGUUGGAAAUGCUUUAGUUAGUUUCUAUGCAAAAUGUGGCUAUAUAGAGGAAGCUUAUCAAACAUUUUCUAUGAUAUUCCGUAAAGAUUUGAUUUCAUGGAAUUCAAUUUUGGAUGCCUUUGGAGAGAAAAUGCAUCUGUCAAGUUUUCUCAGCUUGUUACAUUUGAUGCUUAGGCUGGGAAUUAGACCUGACUCAGUUACAAUAUUGACCAUAAUUCGUUUUUGUGCUUCUCUUAUGAGAAUAGAAAAGGUUAAAGAAAUACACAACUAUUCAAUUAAGGCUGGAUAUUUAUUAAGUGAUACUGCACCAAGAAUUGGGAAUGCAAUACUUGAUGCAUAUUCCAAAUGUGGCAAUAUGGAGUAUGCAAACAAAAUGUUUCAGAGUCUAUCAGAAAAAAGGAAUCUGGUCACAUGCAAUUCAUUGAUAUCAGGCUAUGUGGGUCUAGGAUCACAUCAUGAUGCAAAUAUGGUAUUUAGUGGAAUGUCAGAGGCAGACCUUACCACGUGGAAUCUUAUGGUUCGUGUAUACGCUGAAAAUGAAUGUCCUGAGCAAGCUCUCAGAUUGUUCAGUGAGUUACAAGCUCAAGGGAUGAAGCCUGAUGCUAUGACUAUCAUGAGCCUCCUUCCUGUAUGCACACAAAUGGCAUCAGUCCACUUGCUAAGCCAGUGUCAUGGGUAUAUUAUUCGGUCUUGUUUCGAGGAUCUUCAUCUGAAAGGAGCCCUCUUAGAUGCAUAUGCCAAAUGUGGUAUCAUAGCUUCUGCAUAUAAGACAUUUCAAUCAAGUGCUGAGAAGGAUCUGGUUAUGUUCACUGCUAUGAUUGGUGGGUAUGCUAUGCAUGGAAUGAGUGAAGAAGCACUCAAGACUUUUUCUCAUAUGCUCAAAUCAGGAAUCAAGCCAGAUCAUGUUAUCUUCACUUCUGUAUUAUCUGCUUGCAGUCACGCUGGCCGCGUAGACGAAGGACUGCAGAUAUUUUAUUCAAUAGAGAAAAUCCAUGGUAUGAAACCAACAAUGGAACAGUAUGCUUGCGUGGUGGAUCUCCUAGCUCGAGGUGGCCGCAUUAAUGAAGCAUAUUCUCUUGUGACCCGGAUGCCAAUGGAAGCUAAUGCAAAUAUUUGGGGGGCAUUGCUUGGUGCCUGCAAAACCCAUCAUGAAGUAGAAUUGGGACGCGUUGUAGCAGACCAACUCUUCAAACUCGAAGCUAAUGAUAUUGGAAACUACAUUGUAUUGUCAAAUUUGUACGCAGCAGAUGCUAGAUGGGAUGGGGUAAUGGAGGUGAGGAAGAUGAUGAGGAACAAAGAUUUGAAAAAACCAGCCGGAUGCAGCUGGAUUGAAGUUGAGAAGACAAAUAACAUUUUUGUGGCUGGAGACUGUUCUCACCCACAAAGAAGCAUUAUUUACAGGACACUGUACACAUUGGAUCAACAAGUUAAAGAACCUAUGGAGUUUUAACUUCAUAUUGGAUAAGCAUUUGGGUAUCCAUGGUGAAUCGCAAGAGAAAUCAUGCAGACGCACUUGUUGAUCCAACCCAAGAUUUUUGUCACUUUAAGUAGGAAGAGGAAUACUUGUAUAGAUUAUGCCUUUAUAAAUUGAGUUCACAACAAUUUUUUUUUUGAACGUAAAUUGAGUUGACAACAUUAAUCAAAUAUAAAUAGAUUAAUUAUGAUGU